AUGUGCGUGCGCGUGCGCGUGCGCAGGGACCCGCUGCAGGAGGUGUGCCGCACGAUGCGCCGGCAGAUCAUCUCGCGCGCCUUCUACGGCUGGCUGGCGUACUGCCGGCACCUGCGCACGGUGCGCACGCACCUGGCCGGGCUGGUGCACGAGGCGAUCGUGGCGUCGCAGGGGCUGGCGCUUGCCGACGCGUCGCAGGGGCUGUCGGCCGAGCGCUGGCAGCGCAUGCACCAGGAGGGCGGCGGUCGCGUCACCGACGCCCACGAGGCGUGGCCGUACCUGCUGGGCCACUACCAGUUCGGCAGCACCCCUGAGGAGCGGCAGGCGCUGGACCGCGAGACGCACCAGGGCUACGAGACCACCAUGAGCGAGUGGCUGGCCGUGGAGGCCAUCGUGCGGCAGCGCGACAAGGAGGCCAUGGCUGCCAACCUGGCCAAGCUCAGCUCCGAGAGCACCUCCGGCGACGUCCCGCCCACGCCCGCGCUGCAGCAGGAUCUCAGCAACGACGACAACCUGAGCUCGCUGUCGGACGAAGACGUGGUGGAGGGCGAGGAGGGCCGCGAGCGACCGCGCGGCCCGCCCAACUCCGUGGACAGCAUGAGCCGUGAAGAGGAGCUGCAGAACCUGCGCAACCACCGCGAGGAAAGCGGCGCCCUCAGCCCCGCACGCAGUGUAUCUGCGAGUUCUGCACAAAGUGGAGGUCAGCCUGUCAUCAGAGGAUCACAUCCAAAGUCAACACCUACCAUCAACGGACACAGCCAUUUGGAUAAGCUUGGUCUCAUUUUGCAGAACAAAAGAUCGACUUCUCCAGAUGAAGGUGUUGUUGAAGAUGCAGUUACUGAUAGUCCGACUAGUCAAAAUUUUGAUGAUUCAAGUGCUAAAACUCGAGGCCAGAGUAAAUCAAGCGAAAGUUCAGAAGCGCUAUCUACAGUUAUUGUUACCACAAACCCAUCUGUUGAUAGUGGUCAUCAAUCAGAACCUUGUACAGAAGAUAAUAUUGGUGAACGUCAGUUAACACCACCAGCAGAAGAGAAAGAAGGCCAUGAUACAUUAGGAAUUGCAGAAACUGAAGGAGAAGGAGCAAGUGCGGGUUCCAGAUCCACUUGCAUCUCCCCUGCCAGUUCACAAGGCGGCGUUUAUCCAAAUGAAUUAUUGGAUACCUUUGGCUUAAAUCUUCAUCGCAUAGAUAAAGAUGUACAACGUUGUGAUCGCAAUUAUUGGUACUUCACACCACCUGAAAACCUUGAUAAAUUACGCAAUGUUAUGUGCACGUAUGUGUGGGAGCAUUUAGACAUUGGUUAUAUGCAAGGCAUGUGUGAUUUAGUGGCCCCAUUGCUAGUAAUUUUUGAUGAUGAAGGACUAACAUACUCAUGUUUCUGUCGUCUCAUGGAACGAAUGGGGGCAAAUUUUCCAAAUGGUGGAGCAAUGGAUGCACAUUUUGCCAAUAUGAGGUCAUUAAUUCAAAUCCUGGAUGCUGAAAUGUAUGAACUAAUGCAUCAAAAUGGAGAUUAUACACACUUCUAUUUCUGCUACAGAUGGUUCUUACUUGAUUUUAAAAGAGAACUACUGUACGAUGAUGUUUUCAGUGUCUGGGAAACAAUCUGGGCUGCCAAACAUGUUGCUUCAAGUCACUUUGUACUCUUUAUUGCAUUGGCACUGGUGGAAUGCUACAGGGACAUUAUUCUUAGUAACAGUAUGGACUUCACAGAUAUUAUAAAAUUUUUCAAUGAGAUGGCAGAACGACAUGAUGCGAAAGCAGUGCUGUCACUAGCCAGAGAUUUAGUUCUUCAGUUACAAAUGGUAAUAGAAAAUAAGUGAAGAGGUGAGAUAAAAUACCAAGUCUAUGUUCCAUGUUUGAUUAAAAAAGAAUGUGGAAAAUCAUCUUCCGAGUUCUAAUACCAAAGUUUCAUAUUGUUGUUGUACUGUUUCAUUCAGCUAUCUUGGAAAAGCAGUGAAAAAUUCUUAUGAUUCAGUGGUAUGAUCCACAGAAUGUUGUUAUUGUUGAUGACAAUCUUCCUUCCAUGAAAUGCUAUUUAUGGAAAAAUUAAAUCACAUCAAAAACUUCCUUAAUUACCCUUUAUUUCAAGCUUAUUUUUCUUAAAGGAAACUGGUGGGUUCAAUGUCUGAGGAUAAGAGACAUUGCAAGAUCCCAAUUAAAUAAACAGAUUAUCCUCACUCCCAAACUCUGCAAAAUCUUAAUUCAUGAAGCAUCAGAAAUUAGUAUUCACAGCUUUUUGAAUUUGUUUACAUUCAAGAUGUAAUUGUUUUGCCUGUCUCAUAGUUUCAAGCAGUUGUUCUGUUCCCAAAUGCAUUUAUUAGUGCAUUGUCUGUCAAAAUUACAGGGCAGAACAUUUUUAUUCUGUAAUAGAAUGUAUGAAAUAACACUGUAAAAUUAGAUGAAUUCAUGACAGGUAAAAAAAUAAUUACAUAAAAUAUAAUAAUUUCCUUCAAGCAUUGCAACCAAAACUCUGAGUACACAAUUUAAUGACUAUGAAUAAGGAAGAAUCUAUUAUUAUUCAGGAAGCAUUACUUUUUUUUCUAAUGAAUAAUAUUGCGUUGAGUUGGUUAUGAUUUUUUUAAGUGCUUUCACAAACACAUUUUUUAACUAACACUUUUUUCAUAAACAGAUAUUUAUUUCAGAAUCAUUUUGCUACAAAUUAUUUUAUAUCAUUGUGACUAUGGUUAAGAAAAAUAAAAUUUUAUAAUGUUGCAUCGUGAAAAGAGCCAACAGUAGGAUGUACAUGUAGAGACGCAUUUUAUUACAUAUUAAGUUUUGGAAAUAUUAUUUCGUAAUGUCCAUGUUUUUAAAGAAUGUAGGUGACUAGAGCCAGUUUUCAUCUCUAUUGGCAGAAUUACAUUUUGAAGUCAGAUCGACACUAAAUGACUAAUAUCUUUUGAAUUAAUGAAAGUAAAUGUUGGAUGAUUUGACCUAAGUUUUGCAUUAUUUCUCCCUUUUAUUUGUCACACAUAGAAAGUAAUCAUUAAGUAUUAUAUUCAAUUUAUAAUCAAUCAAAUUUUUAUAUCAUUAAAAUGAUAUAUACAAGAUGAAAUUGUUAAAAUCAUCUGCAAGAUCAUAGUGGUUUGAAACAGUGGGCAAUGUUAUGAACUUGUUAUAUUGUAUAAAUAGAUUAAAAGACAAUGAAUAUUUCAUUAAAAUAUGUAUAUAUUUUGAAUGUUCUUAAAAUAUAUUGUUAUACAUGUGUAAAUACAGAUUUAUAAAUACUUAUAUUUAAUGGUACAAAUGUCUGGAAGGACAGAUAAAGAGUGAUGGGAAAAGAAUGAAUUGUCUGUGAUUCAAGAAACUACUUUACAACUGAAAUAGGUAAUGAUAUUUCUGUCCAGUUUACUUGCAAUGCUGCAACAUUGAGGUAACAAAUUUCAAAUUUUUUUGAUGAGAGUCCAAGUGUUUUCAAAAAUAUUUGUUUGAUGUUUUAUGUAGGUAAUAACCAAGAUGCAAGUGAAAAGGAAAUAAUUAUGUUUUGUUUUUAAUGCAGACUGUUGUAUAAAAUGAGUAGACUUUGUUUUCUCUCAUUUGAUCUCUAAUGUUGGAAACCAAAAUCUUAUAUAAACAUUUCAUUUUAUUAUUUUGUAUAAGACAAUAAUUUUAUGUUAGGGCAUGCUCCCUCAUUCAUAAUCAAAUGUCUUAUUUAAUGUUCAAGAAAUUAUUUAAUUCUCAAUUAUAGACUUGCAAACAUUUGGGUGGACGGCAUCGAGAGGCGGUGGUCCCCCUGAAAAUUUUGUAAGAGGCCCCAUUGCCCUACAUAAUACAUUUUAUUUCUGUUAAUAUGUUCAGUCCAUGAUUUUCCCCUGUUUAACCUGACAAUUUGGGGAUUAGUUAUAUGACAUUUAAUGAAAAGGUCCUCCAAACCAUCUGGAAACCUUGUACAAGGUUCAUCAUUAUUUCAAUUGCAUUUAUUAAUUGUAUCAUUAUAACUACAAUUUCAUUAAGCUUGAAGUAUGUUUCAUUUAUUUAAAGUUUUUUUCUAUUGUAUUUCUUUUUCUAUGGUAUAAGUAAAUAAAAAAGUUUUAUGGAAAGGAAGCCCAAAAAUGUAUUCAUCACCCUCUUGUUUAAGGCUCCACGAACCUGUUUUCAACUAAAUGUAACUGUAAUUAAAAUAUUUUAUGUUCGUGUCAAGAGAGCUAUUUCAAUAAAAGAGGUUUUUGUUGCAAUGCAAACCUCUUAUUUUGUUAUUAGUGAAUAAGUCAUUUAAUACUAUUACAUACUUCUGGUCUAAUUUUAUCAAAAAAUAAAAUUAUGAAUCCAGAUACAAAAUAAUUUUCUUAUGAUUUAGAAAAUGGCAACUCUAUCAUGCAAAUUUAUGAUAGUAUGAAUGUUGCUUACAAAGUUGCAUUAUUGUUCAUAAAGAUAAGUUGAUUAUCAUGAAGUACUUUCUGUUAAAAUCAUUUUUAUUAAAGUCAUUAUUAAAAACCUCUUAUUAAAACAUGAAAUAAUGACCAAUAAUUUCUCAAGAAGUCUACUUGUUUGUAUGAGUAUUAAAUAAAAAAACACAAUUGACAGAGGGAUUAAAAUAUUGCCCAUUUGAAAGCAUUUAAAUGUGAUUGAGUUGAUAUCCAUAAUGAAGACUGAUGGUUAUAAUAAAUCUUAUUUUCCUUCCAUACUAGUUUCUACCCAGUGAGAAUUGCUGAACGCAACUUCAUAUCAAAACUCAAGGGAUAUUAAUGAAAAUUGCAUGGAAAUGUAUAAAAUAUAAAUGAUUUGGAGGAAAAGAGUGUUCUUGUGAAUAGCUUCCCUAUUUUCUUUAGGCUGUCUUAAUGUAUGAAUGCAUGGUGUACUUGACUAUACAUAUACAACUUUCUAAAAUAAGAAUUUCAUCAAUUUGUCUAACAAAGAUGUUAUAAUUUAAAUAUUGCUGUGUUAUUUUCAUAGUGCUGUGGUAAUAUAAAUAAGUCCUAAAGUGAAUGUAGAACUAGAUCUUUAUUUUCUCUCUUUAUCAAUAUAUCCUAGACUAUACUUAAAAAUAAUGGCCAAAUAUAUAGUAUUUGUAGUUCAUGGCAGUUAUAUACUGCUCCAUUAUUGUGUGUUCAGGGACUAACUUGUUUGUGGAAUGUGUUAAUUGCCCUUACAUGCUUUGGUCUUCCUAGUGCUCUCUUGUCUCAUGAUGAGUUAGGAAGUAAUCACGAUAAUUUUAUCAAAUGCAGUAAACACUGCAAGAAAAAGAACAAUGACAGCCUGUGAUGUAAACUAAUCUCUCUAGUAAAAUAAAAAGUAAUAGAGUUGACAUUAAAUUUCCCUAUAUUGAAAUCCCUCUUCAUGUCUGGCUGUGCUGUACAAUGUCUGUCAUUCCCUCCUUGUUAAUAUGACCAGUUAUUAUUUGUUAACUAUAAAGAUGUAUAUGAUUUAAUCAAUAAAAAUAUUUAAUUUAUUGUA